AUGGUUGCACAGCGAUUGGAAGAAGCAGAUAUAUUGGCGACUUACCCAUCAGCCAAGCAACGUCUUCUGCUAUUCGACUAUGAUGGAACUCUGACGCCCAUAGUUGAGAACCCUGCUGCUGCAAUCCUUUCAGAGAAUGCUCUUAGGUCGAUCCAAACUCUCGCAACAGAUCCUAGGAAUGCGGUCUGGAUCAUCAGUGGACGCGACCAGUCUUUCCUCGAACAACUGUUCGGUCGUCUGAUUGGAGUAGGCCUCGUUGCAGAACAUGGAUCAUUUCUACGCUCGCCAGGAUCUGAUGGCUGGGAGAACUUGACUGCAAAAGUCGACAUGAGUUGGCAAGAAGAGGUCACCAAGGUUUUCCAGAGGUACACAGAUCUGACUCCUGGUUCACGCAUCGAGAAGAAACGUGCAGCCGUAGUCUGGCACUUCCGUCAAGCUAGUCAGGAUUAUGCUACUUUGCAGGCGGCCGAGUGCAAGCAAGAUCUGGAGAGCACUAUCGGCACAAUUUCACCCCUGGAAUUCAUCAAUGGAAAGUGCGUGCUCGAAGCUCGCUUGAAGUCUGUCAAUAAGGGACAGAUAGCGCAGAGACUUGUGGACGAAAUCAGGGCAGCGUCAGGGAAGCCUCCGGACUUUGUGCUCUGUUUUGGCGAUGACGUUACCGAUGAGGACAUGUUUUGUGCGCUCCGCGACUCUGGCCUAUCCAAAGACACGGUAUACUCCGUAACUAUAGGCGAGAGUCAAAAGCUCACAGAUGCCGAUUGGAUCCUCUCGGAUCCAACUGAGGUCAUUGCUACGAUAAGGAUGCUGAAUGAGUCCGAUGGAUAUAUUGGGGGUGGAGGUACCGGGCAGAAUGGCAACAGCAAGAGAGAUAGCAAGGUGCUUCCGGUCCCUCGGAGCUACCUAUUGGGGCCUGGACCCUAG